AUGCCACGGACCAAGAGCAAGACGGCUGGACGGAAAGUUGAGGGUUCGUCUAGGGGUGGCAGCAGUUCGUAAGGCAGCCCAAGCAUCUGUACCUCUCCGUCUUAACCGACUAAUCUUCUCAUCAGCGAGUCCAGGAUCGAAAGAAGACCCCCAGCUUCUUCUUACACUUCAAGUGCCAGCCAGCAUGGGCAAUCUACCUCUAGCAACACCGCAUAUUCAAAGUUAGUGCUCCCCAUUCUUCUCCAAAGAACGCACUUAUAGGCUCCUUUUACUGAUCUUAAGUUCUACUGGAUAGUGCCUCUCAAUACCAACCUCGGCAAACAGCCUCCUCACAGCUCCUCGCCUGGCAAGACGAAACAAACGACCAGAACCUCACCUGGACAGAAAAGAUAGAGAGACAGAAAUGGCUGCAGUAGCCUUGCAUUCGGAGCCUGAGUAAAUUUGUGUAGGAUGGGAGUUCCUGCUCUGGAGAUCUCUGUACGAAAUGAUGAAUAGCGUGUUGCCUGAAUCUGAUUGGUGGGAAAUAUUCACAUGCUGUCCGGUGCAUGGAUGGCGUUUUGCAGGAGAAAAUGGAUGAUCUGAGAUAUUUUGUUGCAGCUGGGAGUAUGGGUAUAUGGGAGCUUAUGUUUUAUGAUUGGAUGAAGGGGGGUA